AUGAAUAAAGACAAGGAACAAGAUAACAAGCCAGAGUUCCGCAUGGAAUUUGCUCAGGAGCUAAUAGAGAAUCCUGCGAUUUCCUCUGCCUCCCGCUCCCGGGUCCCACCUCCUACCACUCGGCCUCGGCGCUCCCGCCUGGCCUCCCCGCGCCUCUCCUCCCCCAGCUCAUCUACCCGGGUCAAGCCUCCUGCUACCAGGCUUCAGCGUCCCGACCGGGUCACCCGACCCUCCCCCCACCUCCCAUUCUCGGCAAGGCCACCUGUCCCCCGGGCUCGGCGUCUGCGGCCAGGUCUCCGCUCCCCAGCCUCCCGCUGUCCGGCCGGUCUCCCGCCACCCCCCGACCCAGCCUCUAGAUCCUCGGCUCAAUCCUCUCGGUCCCCCGGGGCUCGGCUCCUGCAUCCGGAUCACCGUCCCCCGGCCCGGCCUCCAGUCCCCCGCCCCGGCCCGGAGUCUCUGCAUCUGCGGGUUUCAGCGCUAGUUCCCGCCCUCGCCGUCGUGGCAAAACAAAGGAUCCGUCGCCGGAUCGUGCCCCCGCGCUCAGAGAUGAGCCUCGGAGUAGACCCCGCCCUCGGCCCCGCCCCUCGCCCGCCCCUUGCCCGCCCCUCUGUUUUGAGGGCUCCGUUCUGCGUCGACACGUCCAUCAGACCCCGACUCGCCCCUCCCCGCGCCCCGCCCGCCCGCGAACCCCGCUCCCUUACAGGCCCCGCCCCGCCCACCCUAGAACCCCGCCCCUCAAGGGCCCGCCCCGCGCUGGAACCCCGCCCCUCACAGGCCCCCGCCCCGCCCGACAACUCCGCCCCCUCACGGAGGCCCGCGCGCUCCCCCACUUCCUGCUCCGGCCCAGUUCCCGCGCUCGGUUCGAAGAUUCCGUCCCGCCCCGGAGGCAGAGCUGGUGUCCAGCCAGCCGCCGAGGAGCCACGGGUGCCGCCCCCCGCGAGGGUUUUGGAGGUAAACGGAGGCCGGACCCGGGGCCGGAGAGCAAGACGUUACCAGCGGGCCUUCCGGGACGGUAAACCGCCUCUUCCCGCCGAUUCUCGCUGCCCCUUCCCCCACUAG